AUGGCCGCCGAACGCCCCGACAAGAAGGAAAAGAAGGAGAAGAAGGAGAAGCGCGCCAGCGAGGAGUCGGGCGUGAAAAAGGACAAAAAGGACAAAAAGGAAAAGAAGGACAAGAAGGACAAGCUCGCCGCCGCCGUCGAGGACAAGAUUCAGCAGGACGCCGCCGCCGCUGCCAAGCCGUCCAAGAAGGAGAAGAAGAAGGCGGCUGCGGCUGCCGACGAUAACUCGGACUCGGACAUGGAGGACGGCGACAAGGCUGCGGAGCUGCCGCUCGAGCGCACAGUGGUGCCGUUUGCAAUCCCCGUCGCGGACGACAAGGGCAUGAAGAAGGUCUACAAGACGAUUCGCAAGUCCGCCAAGAACAACACCCUCAAGCGCGGCGUCAAGGAGGUCGUCAAGACGCUCCGCAAGUCCCCCAUCGGCGGCCCCUCCAGCACCGCCUUUCCCGGCAUCGUCGUCAUCGCCGGUGAUAUUUCCCCCGCCGACGUAAUCUCCCACAUCCCCGUGCUCUGCGAGGACCACAACGUGCCCUUCAUCUUUGUCACCUCGCGCGCCGAACUUGGCGCCGCCGCCAAGACGAAGCGCCCGACGUCGGUCGUCAUGAUUAUGGAGAAGCAGGACGGCAAGAAGAAGAAGAGCGGCAAAAAGGACGGCGAGGAGAAGGAGGGAGCCGCGGCGGCGGAGGACGGCGAGGACUUUGGCGAGGCGUACGCGUCGCUGGCCAAGUACGUGCAAAAGGAGUACCAGAAGCAAAGUUUCUGGGCCAAGGGCGAUUCUCAGGCGUAA